AUGGCGUCAUCGUGGAAUCGCCACGUCCGGCUGUCCGUGUGUACGGUCAACAAUUGGGCACUGGACUUCAAAGGUAAUCUACAGCGGAUUCUCAAAACUUGUGAAGAUGCGUACAAGGAGGGUGCUCGAUUAAGACUUGGUCCCGAACUUGAAAUUUGUGGAUAUGGUUGUGCUGAUCACCAUUUUGAGAUUGAUACUGAGAUUCACUCAUGGGAAAUGUUGAAGGAAAUCGUGGACAAGUCGAAAAAUUGGCCAAAUCUCUUGAUAGUAACCGGAAUGCCUGUUCGUCACAGAAUGCUUCUGUACAACUGUCUUGUUUCUGUCAUGAAUGGAAAAAUUUUACUCAUUCGUCCGAAAUUGGUUCUAUGUGACGAUGACGUUUAUCGAGAAAGUCGCUGGUUUGUGCGAUGGUCCAAACCACUGACCACUGUUCCCUUCCAACUUGAUGAAAGCAUUGGUUUUGAGCAGAAAACAGUCCCAUUUGGGGACGGCGUACUGUAUUCAACUGACAAUGUUACGAUUGGAUUUGAGAUCUGUGAAGAACUUUGGGCGGCCCAUUCGCGGCACAUAGAAUUAGGAUUACGAGGUGUAGAUAUAGUAUGUAAUGGUAGUGGCAGCAUCCAUAUCCUCGGAAAAUCAAAUUAUCGCGUUAAUCAGCUGAUUCUUGGUGGAAGUGAAAAGACUGGAGGUAUUUACCUAUUCAGCAAUUAUCGCGGUUGUGAUGGUGACCGAGUUUACUACGAUGGAUCGUCAACGAUAGCCCAAAACGGGAAACUGUACGCCCAAAUUCACCAAUUCGAUAUAGAAGAUACCUGCGUUGCGACGGCAGUCUUGGAUCUCAAUGAAACAAUUUCGGCUCGAAAUAAGAAGUCCAGCAACUGUUAUGAGUCAGCUCUUCUUCCGGAAUACGCGACAAUUUCCUUCGAUGGCAAGCUCACCUUAGACCAACCUGUGCAGUGUUUAACCAAGGAAAUUACGAAUGUGGAACGACUACAAUUAGAUCCUAUCGAAGAACUUUGUCAUGGACCUCCGGCUUGGUUGUGGCACUAUUUAAGAAGAAGCAAAAUGGGUGGAUUUUUCUUGCCACUUUCUGGAGGACAGGACAGUUCCUCGGUAGCUGCUAUGGUUCGCCUGAUGUGCAACAAGGUUUGCGGGGCUGUCAAGCAUAGAAGGCUCACAGAUGGUGAAUUUGUGUUACGUCUUCGUCGCGAAUGCAUGAAUACUAUUUGUGGAGACGAUCCCGCUUACUAUCUGAAUGGACAGCGCGUAGGAGAAGACCCAGCUGAAUUGUGUCAUAAGCUUUUCUUCACUUGUUACAUGGCAAGUGAACACUCUUCUGCUCAUACGAGAGCAUGUGCAGAUGGUUUGGCUAAGGACAUAAACAGCAAUCAUUCAAGCAUGUUCAUUGAUUCGGUCAUAUCUGCUGCGUUGUCCGCCUUCAAACUCGCCAUGGGCUUCAUACCGAGUUUUAAUAGUAACGAUUCCCGAGAAGGGUUAGCUUUGCAAAACCUGCAAGCUAGAAUAAGAAUGGUAUUUGCUUACUUAUUUGCGCAGUUAUCUCUUAUAGUAGAAGGGCGACCUGGAAGUCUUCUUGUAUUAGGCUCAUCUAAUGUUGACGAACUGCUUGUUGGUUAUAUGACAAAAUAUGAUUGUUCUUCUGCUGAUAUAAAUCCUAUUGGAUCAAUAAGUAAAGUGGAUUUGCGGAAGUUUUUGCUUAAAGUUUAUAAUGACUAUGGGAUGAAGUCACUAAAGGCAGUCAUUGAUUCUGUACCAACUGCUGAACUGAGACCCCUCGUGGAUGGUGCCAUUGCGCAAACGGAUGAAGAUGAGAUAGGUCUCACUUACGAUGAAUUGUCGGUUAUUGGACAAUUGAGGCGUCCGCGCUGUUUGGGACCCUAUGGAACAUUCCUAGCCCUUUGUUCCAUGUGGUAUCCGAAGUAUUCAUAUGAGGAGAUAGAGGCCAAGGUGAGGAACUUCUUCUGGCGUUAUCGCGUCAACAGGCACAAGGCCACCGUAGCAACUCCAUCUUAUUAUGCAAAUUGGUAUAGUCCGGAUGAUCAUCGAAAUGACCAUCGACCAUUUUUGUAUCCUGACAUGGAGCAUCAGUUUGAGAUGAUAAGGAAAAAGGUGAGGGUUUUCAUGCUUGUUGUCUUUAGCAGGAGCCUAGCUAUUUAUGUACGUGGCUGA